CUAACCAACGAUAUUGUGUCCAUCCUCCAAAGUAGGGGAUGUCAAAGCGAGUCUUAUCAUCGCCACGCGUUCACUGUUCAACCAAUUUUUGCAUCAGUCUUAUCAUUGCGUUCUGACAUACUCCCAUCUUCGAUCCCAUAUCUAUCUUUACUUAGGCCUAUACAAAUGUCAACCCCAAUCCCAGCGAUUGCGGAACAUGCAAACGGACCAGCUAGCGUUCCACGGCUCUCUAGGACUCUGCAGACUAGCACGGAAGCUUUCAUUCGUUGGCACGAUGCCGAAGUUGCCCUCGCUUUAAAGGAUAUGGAAGCUACCCGCGAAUAUGAACGGUGCUUAAGGAUUGAUUUGCAAAAUCAAUUGAUCCUUUCGGAACAGAAUCUGCGGGCAUGCGAAAGACACCUGGAAGUUGUGCAGAAGAAAGUCAACCCAGACUUACGGAAAAUCAACAUGGACUCGGCGCGCCUGCAGCAGGUAGAGACAGAUGUGAAAUCGAUCAUUGAUGUAUUGAAGAGGAUUGGCAUACGUUUGUGCAAGGAUACGAACGAUGUCCUGUGGUUGGUUUGCGACGUAGAUGCGGAUGCUCGAUGGACUCAGGUGCAACAACCCUCCGAGGAUAAUCAUCGCUCCUUUCAGGAUGUGCUCGAUAGUCCCUUGUGUUCUCCGACGAGUCAAAAAGCAACGAUCCAAAAGCAACCAUUGAACGCCAUUGUAGCUAUAGACACCCUCCUCGACGCUCAUAAUAAGCACAUGGCUGAGAAACGCAUUCUUAGCGCACGGUGCAACACGGCAGAAAGCGUGGCAGAGCAAUUGAAAAAAGAAAUGGAGGUGAAGGACUCCAGGAUCGCCGAGCUCGAAGCAAAGAUCGCUUCAAUGUGGGUAGAAGAGCCGUGCUCAACGACAGGGGUCACGAAUGUGACGUGCAUCAGUCCUUCGCAGCUUUUCAAGAACCCAAAGUUCUCGCCCUUCCUUUCUGAAUCCUCCAGCUCUUCAAAUCCAUUCCAGCCUGGAGUCGGGGUCGCUUCUAAUAACUCAGAUUACGAUUCUUCCUCCAGUGAUCCUUCAGAUGGCAGUACAGAUCCACAGUCUUUUCUGAACGCAUCCGUAUCGCAAAUACGACAAUUGAAGAGCCUUCCGCCUUCGAGUUCGGAUAAAGCAGGUUGUAGUGGCACCCGGAUUCGGUAUCACCAAUAUGCGGAUCCUUGAACCACUGAGGAUGCAGACAUUAACAUCAACUGCAAGUUGAAGCAUGGAAUAUAAUGUAGAUAUGGUAUAUUUUAGUACGCAAAUUUUUGAGUAAUACAUAGUCGUUCUAUUGUUUCCGAUAGGUUUCCGAUAAUGAAUCCUCACGAUCAAAUCAACAUCUUUGGGU